AUGGCUUCCCCAGUCCGCAGAUGUGUGUCCGUUGCUGUUGAGGACAUCCAGUCCAUUGGCUCUUCAGACCCAAUUGUAGCAAGCUCACCUGUCGAAAUACCGCCAACGAGACAGCAGCCCCGUGGAUCACUGAGGAGGAUCAAGUCUCUGCCUCAUCAAUGGGGUGUUUCAGAACAAAGCCAACCAGAGGUCUUGAGUCCCCAAGGACAUCAAGUCCAGCUGGGUUCUCCUGUUCGAGCAAACUCCAAGCGCCGCCGGUCGGCCGUCACUACAACUGGGCCUCAGCGUUCAAGUUCCUGGAGUACAAGGCACGGAGCCAUCACGCCCAACAGAUCCCGCUCGCGCAGCUUAGUCAAUGAGUCUAUAGAAGAGCAGCAUGGUAUGAUUCAGGCCGCCUGGUCCUCUCCAGAUGAGCCAUCCAGAGGCAGGUCUCGCCGACGCAGAACAGCAACACCUUACCCAAUAGUUGCCGAGACACAAGUCGAAUCCCAUUCGAGCCCACAGAUCAGUCAGGCCAACAGUAGGCGCCGCAGAAAUGCUCGACCUGGUCCGGCAGCUGCUGUGCUAUCAGAUAUGCAGCAAUUUGAUGAACUGCUUCUUACUAUGCGCUCUAACAGCAAUCAACAGAGUCACCACCAUCGUCAUAUACAGAAAGGGGUUUUCCUCAUAAGAGAGGAUCCCGAGCUGGAUAAGUUCAAAUUCCCUGUCCAUAGAAGCCAAGCGGAAAUUAUGUGGCGCCCGGGAGAUGGAUUCUCUGGGGACGAGGCGGUGCCAGGCUUUGUCUUCUGUGUGACAGGAAAGCACAAGCGAGGGCCCAAAUAUCUCCCGGGGAUGGAAAGUCUAGCGUUAGGCGACCAUUUCGGAGAGAGUGGCAGUAUCUUUGCAUCAUUCAAGCGGAGAAAAGUCGACAUUUACUCUGAUUUUCAAAGAAUGAAGCUCCGCGGCGCGGCAAAGGACGUAUGGCCGACGUAUGAUGACUUUGUGCAGAGUGAACUCCCAGAACGACCAAAGCGAAAACAUCCUCCAGCAGGGCCGAAGACUGUUAUUAGCGACGAUCGCCACCCAUACGCCUCAGUUGACACUGCGCUUACCGCGCCGCCGAGAACAUCUACUGAGCCUGCCCAAGGUUGCAAGAGAGGCCCUCCAGACUUUCGGAAUCUGCGGAGCGGCGUGGAACUACGAGGACCAAGCAACUUUACAAGCGCAAUGCUGCGCAUGAGUGCUUGGAGAAAUUCAAGUCCUCUCCAGGAGCCUGAAGACGAUGCGUCUGAUGACUUGGGCUUAUCUUCGGACAUUUGCUCUGUUGGGAAAACAGGCUACAGUGAGGAACUGUCGGAUGAAGAACGUUCGAGCAGCCCGCGCUCUGUCGGUACUGAGCUGUCACACUGGGAUCGGAACGGAACCUACUGGGACAGAUACGGGAACCAUCUCUUCUCUGACGACAUUCGAGCGGCGAAUAGAGCCAGGUGGGCACCAUCAGGAGGAGAGACUGAGGAGGACACUGAUGGCGGCAUCAGCGUUCUGGAGAAAGAGGUUGCGUCUUCAAGUGAAUGA